AUGCUGAAGCAGGUUGUACUCUCUGCCGCUUCUUCCCGUGUGGCCCCUCCCCUGAGGAACGCAGCCCUCCUGGGUCCAGGCAUUGCAGGCAAAAGGAUCUUUCACAUCAAGCAGCGAAGUCUUGCCUCUGUGCCACCUGUUCCUGAAUAUGGAGGAAAAGCUCAUUUGGGGCUGAUCCCUGAGGAAUUCUUUUGCUUCCUUUAUCCUAAAACUGGUGUAACAGGACCCUACGUGCUUGGAACUGGGCUCAUCUUAUAUCUACUCGCCCAAGAAACGCAUAUGAUAACUGCAGAGACCUUCUCUGCCAUAUCAGCAGUAGGGGUGCUUGUCUAUGUAGUUAAAAAAUAUGGCACCUCUAUUGGAAAAUUUGCUGAUAAACUCGAUGAGCAAAAAACUGCCCAACUAGAAGAGGGGAAACAGGCUUCCAUCCAAAACAUUCAGGAUGCGAUUGAUCUGGAGAAGUCACAGCAGGCACUGGUUCAGAAACGCCAUUACCUUUUUGAUGUCCAGAGGAAUAACACUGCGAUGGCCGUGGAGCUUAUGUACUGGGAACGGCUGCAUAGGGUACACAGGGAGGUAAAGUAUAGCUUGGACUAUCACAUCGCUGUGCAGAACGUGAUGCGUCGAAAGGAACAAGAGCACAUGAUAAACUGGGGGGAGAAGCACGUGGUUCAGAGCAUCUCUGCACAGCAGGAAAAGGAGACAGUUGCCAAGUGCACUGCAGAUCUGAAGGUCCUCGCAGAGAAGGCUCAAGCACAGCCAGUUCUGUAACUGCAUCUA